AUGAACGUUAGCUUGUUACCAAUCGACAUACUCUUCCAGCUCUGCGCUGCGCUCGAUGUGAACGAUAUCCUCUCUUUACGGCAGACCUGCAAAUCCCUCUGCACCGUCACCCGCGAGCGCUGCGUAUGGCACCAAGCCCUGAUCUCCCGCUUCGUUCGCUCGGGUCUUCCCACUCCGGGUCUCCACGAGACCGAUCUUACAUCGCUGCCUUCCGCCGCGCUCGAACAUCUCGUCGUCUGCGCACACCGGCUGCACUCAAACUGGACCUCUCCCAGGCCGCAGGCGACCCGGCGCGCCGAUAUCCAUCCAACGCAUCGUGCGUGGCCGGCCAUCGGCGCCCGCAAUCUGGCCGCGGAAUUCCUUGCGGGCCACGGAGGACGGUACCUCCUCACGCUCACACUCUUCGACUCGUCGACCGAGUCGAACAACCGCAGGUUCUCGUUCGAGUGCUGGGACCUCGCCGCGCCGGAACGGCCCGUGCUCCUCGCCGAGUUCCUCGUUGCGAGCAUCCUCGGGUACGCGGUGAACACGGAGCCUGGGUACCCGCACGUGCUUGCCGUGUUGCGUAGGGAAGAUGAUAGGGUAAUGACGACCACGUAUACGCUUGAUUUCUCGAGGCCCGGGGAGAACCCUUGGUUCAGACGGAUGAACCAGUUCAACAGCUAUCGGAACACCCUAGGUAUCCACGGCAAAUACUACUUCGCCACCAAUCCCGGUCAAGCCGUGUACAUGAUCGACGUCGAGACGGGCCGCCUGCGAGCCGAAAUGCAGGUCCCACUCGUCCACAACGAUCCCACUAUCCGACUACCUGAACACCAAUGCAUCAACUUCGAAAUCUUCGAGGACUUCGUCCUCACGUUCCGCAAACAAUGGAUCUGCCUCUACCACAUCCCAGCCCAAGACCCCGCUUCCGACCCCCCGAAGCUCCUGCCCAUCGCCGAGUACAAAUGGCGCUGGCGCAUCGACACCAUCGCCGUCUCCCCGCGCCGCACCUCCCGCCCACCCGGCGCGCCGCCCACGCUCGACCUGCUCAUCCGCUUCGACACCUGGUACCCCUGGCCGGUCAACAUCCUCCACCACUUCGCCCUCUCCCCGAACCCGUCCUACACCCGCGCGACGUACGCCCCCGCCGACCGCGCGACGUUCCCGUACCUCGCCGCCGCGCCCCCCGCGGACUCGUCCGGGCCCGGGCAGGCGGGCGACCGCGGCCAGCGCGUCGUCUGCCAGGUCCUCGCGCGCGGCGCCGUCGCGGUCCCCGCUGGGGACGAGCUGCGGGGGUUGACCGAGCUGGGGGAGGACGCGGGGGACGACCUGGUGAGCCCGGGGCACCCGGCGGGCGACGUGGAGCGCAUGUUCGGGGCGUCAGGCGGGCAGCAGGGCGCGGGCGUGUUGAUGGCGCAGGAGGAGCACGAGCGGUGGAGCCGCGUCGCGAUGUGCGAGGCGGAGGGGCUCGUCGCGGUCGGGCAUGUCGACGGGAGCGUGACGGUGCUGUGGUACGCGCCACCGGCGCCGUCGGUGGGGGAAGCCGUCGGUGGAGAGGUUGGGGAAGCUUAG